AUGGUUUCUAAACUGAGCCAGCUGCAGACGGAGCUCCUGGCGGCCUUGCUCGAGUCGGGCCUGAGCAAAGAGGCGCUGAUCCAGGCGUUGGGUGAGCCGGGGCCCUACCUGCUGGCCGGAGACGGCCCGCCGGACAAGGGGCAGUCCUGCGGUGGUGGCGGUCGAGGGGAGCUGGCCGAGUUGCCCAAUGGGCUGGGGGAGACGAGGGGCUCCGAGGACGAGACGGACGACGAGGGGGAAGACUUCACACCGCCCAUUCUCAGAGAGCUGGAGAACCUCAGCCCCGAGGAGGCAGCCCACCAGAAAGCCGUGGUGGAGACCCUGCUGCAGGAGGACCCAUGGCGUGUGGCUAAGAUGGUCAAGUCCUACCUGCAGCAGCACAACAUCCCGCAGCGGGAGGUGGUCGACACCACCGGCCUCAACCAAUCCCACCUGUCCCAGCACCUCAACAAGGGCACUCCCAUGAAGACGCAGAAGCGAGCCGCCCUGUACACCUGGUACGUCCGCAAGCAGCGAGAGGUGGCCCAGCAGUUCACCCACGCAGGGCAGGGUGGGCUGAUUGAAGAGCCCACGGGCGAUGAGCUACCAACCAAGAAGGGUCGGAGAAACCGUUUCAAAUGGGGCCCAGCAUCCCAGCAGAUCCUGUUCCAGGCCUACGAGAGGCAGAAGAACCCCAGCAAGGAGGAGCGGGAGGCGCUGGUGGAGGAGUGUAACAGGGCGGAGUGCAUCCAGAGGGGGGUGUCACCGUCACAGGCGCAGGGGCUGGGCUCCAACCUCGUCACAGAGGUGCGUGUCUACAACUGGUUUGCCAAUCGGCGCAAGGAAGAAGCCUUUCGGCACAAGCUGGCCAUGGACACGUACAGCGGGCCGCCACCAGGGCCAGGCCCAGGCCCUGCGCUGCCCGCCCAUGGCUCCCCUGGCCUGCCCCCACCGGCCCUCUCCCCCGGUAAGGUCCACGGAGUGCGCUAUGGACAGCCUGCAACCAGUGAGGGGGCGGAAGUGCCCUCAAGCAGUGGUGGUCCCUUGGUGACAGUGUCUGCACCCCUGCAUCAAGUGUCCCCCACGGGUCUGGAGCCCAGUCACAGUCUGCUGAGCACAGAAGCCAAAUUGGUCUCGGCCACUGGGGGCCCCCUGCCCCCUGUCAGCACCCUGACAGCACUGCACAGCUUGGAGCAGACAUCCCCGGGCCUCAACCAGCAGCCCCAGAACCUCAUCAUGGCCUCGCUUCCCGGGGUCAUGGCCAUAGGGCCUGGUGAGCCUGCCUCCCUGGGCCCCACGUUCACCAACACGGGCGCCUCCACCCUGGUCAUUGGCCUGGCCUCCACGCAGGCACAGAGCGUGCCGGUCAUCAACAGCAUGGGCAGCAGCCUGACUACCCUGCAGCCCGUCCAGUUCUCGCAGCCUCUGCACCCUUCCUACCAGCAGCCGCUCAUGCCCUCCGUGCAGAGCCACGUGGCCCAGAGCCCCUUCAUGGCCACCAUGGCCCAGCUGCAGAGCCCCCAUGCCCUCUACAGCCACAAGCCCGAGGUGGCCCAGUACACCCACACUGGCCUGCUUCCGCAGACCAUGCUCAUCACCGACACCAGCAACCUGAGCGCCCUGGCCAGCCUCACGCCCACCAAGCAGCUGCCCUUCUGCCAGGUCUUCACCUCAGACGCUGAGGCCUCCAGUGAGUCCGGGCUUCACACACCAGCAUCCCAGGCCGCCACCAUCCACAUCCCCAGCCAGGACCCUGCUGGCAUCCAGCACCUGCAGCCCACCCAUCGGCUCAGCGCCAGCCCCACUGUGUCCUCCAGCAGCCUGGUGUUGUACCAGAGCUCCGACUCCACCAAUGGCCAUGGCCACCUGCUGCCGUCCAACCACAGCGUCAUUGAGACCUUCAUCUCCACGCAGAUGGCCUCUUCCUCCCAGUAA